UAAUAGGAUUCCCAUGUGACGUAUUAAAUUACUUUUUGUUUGGCUUUUGUUUUUAUAACAAUUAAUAGAGGUAAUAUCUUCGCUUCUAAACAAUACGCUUAACAUCCACCGUCCUAUUCAUGCAUCGUUAAACGUCUUUGCAAUUAAAUAAUAAAAGUAUGAAUCAUAGAAUAAUUUUUGCAAUUGUUGGCUGCCAGUUGGCUAUAGCUGUACUUGGAAAUGACGAGAGUGCUCAUCAUGGAGAAUGGUCAUACGACUCAGACACAGGUCCAAUGUAUUGGUAUUAUGAUCACCCUAAUUGUAAUGGAACAAGACAGUCCCCUAUUAAUAUCAUAGAGAAUCAAACUAUCUAUAAUGAAUCUCUUACUUCAUUGCUUCUUUUUAACUAUUCAACAGUGUUUAAUAAUACCAACUACUAUCUGACUAACAAUGGUCAUACCAUAAUAUUAGGGAUGGAUUCAAAUAGUAGCAUAACAGUUGGUCUAUUUUGGAAAGGAAAGCAGUACAACUAUUAUGGAUUGCACUUUCAUUGGGGUGAAAAUGAUACAUUUGGUUCCGAACAUUUAUUAAGCAAUAAGCAUUUUCCACUUGAAGUUCACAUUGUUCAUUAUUUAAAUGAUUAUGGAAACUUCAGCAAUUCACUUAACUACGCUGAUGGAGUUUUAGUGUGGGGAAUUCUUUACCAGCUCGAUAAUUCAAUUGAUGUUAAUAACAAUUCACUUAAAGAUGUUUUCAAUAAUAUUCAAAAUGUUAUUAAUGCUGGCAAUAAAACAAACAUUGUACCUGUACCACUUUCAUCUUUUGUCCCACAAAACUCUUCGGAUAGCUAUUAUCAUUAUGCAGGAUCUUUAACUACUCCAGAAUGUUCUGAAUCAGUCAUGUGGAUUGUUAAUCAAAAGUUUAUGAAAGUCUCAUCAAUUCAGCUUCAAGCUUUUCGAUUAUUAAAAGGACAUUUACACAACGUAAGUGAUUCAGUUGAACCCGAAGUUUUAACAGAGAAUGAUCGACCAAUACAGCCUUUAAAUGGAAGAAAGGUUUACACGAGUAUUCCUUUUCUUAAUUCUUCUGAUUCUUCUUCGUCAUCUUUACUACCUGCUACUGCUUCUUUUACUCCUACUGAUUCUUCUUCGUCAUCUUUACUACCUGCCUCUUCUUCUUUUACUUCUACUAAUUCUUCUUCGUCAUCUUUAUUACCUGCCUCUUCUUUUUUUACUCCUACUUAUUCUUCUUCGUCAUCUUUACUACCUGCCACUGCUUU